CCAAUGACUAUGUGAUGAAUGAGACAAUUGAUUGCCACAAAUGAAUGGCAAUCUUAUGAUUGGUUUGAUUUAGUAAAUGAAUUGAAUAGCAAUCAAAAACUUAAACCAAUUGCGAAGAGUGUGUGAAUGCUUUGGUUAGUCAAGCGGUACAACACAUAGAGUCUAAUGGCUAUAGCGUUGGACGCGGACGGCGAGGAGUUGACAGCUCUGCACUUGGAGUUUGAAUGGCUGCUCACCCAAGAGGUCAACACUAUAUUAUCUCAAUUGCAUUCAAUUGUAUUGGAGUGUUGUCGUCGAUUCCCAGUCCACGUUCCGGGUCUCGAGACUUUGGUCAAAACCGAAAAGUUUCCGCUAAACUCGACCACACAUUUGGAUCAAAUCAAGAUUCUGGCCACACUUUCGGCCGAUAAUAUUUGUUACGCGGAUAUCAAUCUUCGUCUCCAUAAGCACUCGAUUCCGAAUCAAAGAACUAUUGUUCAGAACGACUGUCAAUGGAAAUUACAUCAGAUCCAGGACGCGUCUAACCAUCUCAUGUCUGCCCUAUAUCUGCUAUCUUCUCCUCCGUUACGUUUCGAUCGAAACGAAAGCAAAUUUGACUUCCGAUCGGCUCAAGAAGUGAUUGAGGUUUGA